UCGCCGGAUCAGUUCGCUGUCGCUGGCGAAGCAGUGAGGUUGUGAUUUUCCCGCUUUCCCACGGUGUGUGUGUGCGUUCGUGGUGCUUACUUAGUAGGCUUAGUAGGCCCUGGUGGCUGAGGUGACCACCACCGGAUUCGUUCCCCAGUUUAAAUUCUCAGUUGUGACUGGACUUGGUCGUUGAGCCCAAGGGACGCCAGGUUGGUGGACCAACCGAGUCCUAAACUCUCCGUUCCGGCGAGGUCCCCGUGGAGUAGGAGCCUUGACCUUGGAGCAAGUGUUACAAAGUGCUAGUGAGCGCGAGUCGACUUGUGGAAGUCGUGGGAGCACGGAACCAGACACUUGACACGGAAGUGUGUCCCCCUUUGAAGGUACCCUUUUUCCGCGGCGCGAUCGUACCACCAGAAACCGGGCGUGGAUGUGUGAUCAGGCCAAACCCCGGAAGAAAAAGGAAAAGUUCCAGUACAACAAAUCGAUUAUGGCCGCUACCAGCGUGGUGGUCCUGGAUCGUGGCAAUAAUACGACCUGCACCAUCAAUCUGCAUGGUGCAACGGUCGUAUCAUGGCGCGUCAACAACCAGGAACAGCUGUUUGUAAGCAAAUUGGCAGUUUUCGAUGGGAAAAAGGCGAUACGAGGAGGCAUACCAUUCGUGUUUCCCCAGUUUGGCCCGUGGAACUUCGGGCCCCAGCACGGGUUCGCCCGGGUCGUCCGGUGGACGCUCGAGCGGUCCCCGGAGCGACUGCCGAGCGGCGACAUGGAGGCCGUGUUCAGCCUUAUGGAUAACGAAAUCACCCGAUCCAUGUGGAACUACCCCUUCCGCAUCACGUACCGACUGAUCCUGCGCGAGAAGGAGCUCCACUUCCACAUCGGCGUGUACAACCCGAGCAAGGACAUUACCUUCUCGUUCAACCUGCUGCUGCACACGUACUUGAAGGUGCCGGACGUGCGCCGGUGUCAGAUCACCGGCCUGCACGGGUGUACCUUUAUCGAUAAGACUAGAGACGGUGCUAUCUACCAGGAGGGUCGCGACGUGGUGACAAUCAACGAAUGGACGGACCGGAUCUACCAGCACACGCCCCAAGAGCACGUCAUCACGAACGUGGUGUCCGGCCGGAAGAUGCGGCUGCAAAAGUACAACUUUCCCGAUACGGUGGUGUGGAACCCCUGGAUGGACAAGGCCCGGGAGUGCCAGGACUUUGGCGAUGACGAGUAUCCGAACAUGAUCUGCGUCGAGGCCGGCCACGUGUCCACGCCGGUGAUCCUCCUGCCCGGAACCGCGUUCGAGGCGAGUCAAAUACUUCAGGUCAUGUGAGUAGAAACCCAGGGAGGUGCUGUGACCCGCAGUAAAGGUUCCUCCCGAGCAAAAUCCAAGAAAAACCAGCAGCAGAACCAGCA